AAAUGAAAUUAAUCAAAACAUAUUAUAUAAAAAUGUCAUGUGUUCCUACUUUUAAUUUUUGAUAUGGCACUAGAGAAAAGCUAAUUAAUUGGAAGGAAAAUGAUAACUUUAACAUUUGUACAUAAAAUAAACAAAUAAUUUAGUACAUACUUAUUUUUAAGCAAGCCGUAUUAUUUUCCUUUAAAGGUGAUAUACAAUUAAGAAAAUCGAAAAUAAAACAUUCAUUUACCUGACAAAUCAAUACGUUUUGAGUUGAUUUACAACAGAAAUGAAAAAAAAAAAAAAAGGGAAAAGCAAAAAAGAGAAGAGCUUUUGCCGCAAGUAAACUAAACCAAUUAUUUGUUAUCAGAAUGCACUUGAAAAAUUUUGUAAAAAGUUUGACCAAAAGAAAAAUGUAAGAUCCCUUUGGAACACAUUACCCAAGAAACCUAACAAUAAGAGCUGUUAAUCUGUUGAUGAGAAUGUUCCAUGAAUGAAAGAAACCCUUCUGCUCCCUUCUCAUUCUCAUCUCCUCUCUCUCUCUCUCUCUCUCUCUCUCUCUCUCUCUCUCUCUCUGUGGAAAGUGAGCAAGUAAAGGAAAAACUGUAAAAUCUUUCGAUGGGCUCGUGCUUUUCCACGGGAAAAGAGCCAAAACGCUACAGCACAAGUUUUACUAAAGCUGAUGACUCUAACUUUAUACCACCGCCGCUCGUGCCUCCACCAAACCGCACAGAAAGUUCAGAUCUGGAUGAUAUUCAAGCUGCUGGCCAGUCUUGUGAGCAUGUCGACAGCAACCAGAAGAUUGUUUAUUCAGAAUCAGCAUCGGAGCUUCCCAGUCCCAGCAUUGAAGAACCUCCACCUGAUAGCUUUCAGUUUCAGGAGCCUGCAAAUAUUGAGCCUACUCUUACAGAAGACACUGCAGUUGAUAGCGUUGAGGAGCUUCCGAUUUCUGAACGUUCUCCAAUCAUAGGGAAAUGCCAGUAUCGGCCGAGGAUCUUUACAUACGAUGAAAUGGGAGUAGCAACAGGUUAUUUCUCACAUGUUCACCUCCUUGGGGAGGGUGGUUUUGGCCAUGUCUAUAGGGGAAACCUUCGAAAUACUGGAGAAGUUGUUGCUAUUAAGAAACUCAAAUAUAGGGAUGGACAGAGGGAAGAUGAAUUUGAGAAAGAGAUUAAGGCUAUUAGCAGUGUGCGUCAUAGAAACCUCGUUAAGCUUAUCGGCUACUGCAUUAACGGACCAGAUAGGUUGCUAGUUUUGGAGUUUGUUCCAAACAAUUCCUUGAAAACUCAUUUACAUGGAAAGAAACCACUUUUGGACUGGCCCAAACGAAUAAAUAUUGCUAUAGGAUCUGCGAAGGGGUUGGAAUAUCUACACGAAGACUGUAACCCUAAGAUCGUACACCGAGAUGUUAAAGCAGAUAACAUUCUUCUUGAUGCUGAUUUUAAACCAAAGGUUGCAGAUUUUGGUCUUGUCAAGUUCUUUCCAGAAAGUGCUAGUGUUACUCACAUCUCCAGUCUCUGCAGGGGAACUGAUGGAUAUGCAGACCUUGAGUAUUAUCCUUCACAGAAAGUUUCUGAUAAGUCAGAUGUCUACUCCUUUGGGAUUGUUCUUCUAGAGCUGAUAACUGGAAAACGACCUAUUGAAUUAAUGAAUGUUCGUAUAGUUGAAUGGGCUAGGACUCUGAUUGAUCAUGCUUUGAACUCUGGUGAUUAUACGUCUCUUCUUGAUCCAAAACUGGAAGGAAACUACGACAGGAGUGAAAUGGAGCGAAUGAUCUAUUGUGCUGCAGCUUGUGUAUAUAAACCCUCAGAGAGACGGCCAAAAAUGAAACAGAUAGUUCAAGUUCUUGAAGGAAAUAUGCCUUUAUUGGAUAUAUGGGAUGUGAAUGACAAUGCUUUGUUACGCGAUCGCCCAUCUCAACAUCUACGGUUCCAACAAAGGGUGUUCGAGCGUCCUAUCACUAUAGUUGAGGACACUGAUUGCGAAAGGCUUCAAGUUUAUCAGCCAAAGGGAUUUAGUUUUCAAGAACUAGAAAAGGCAUCUAAUGGUUUCUCCAAUGCCAACCUACUUAAGGAGGGUGAUUUCUCCCAAGUCUACGAGGGAGUCCUUCAAAGUGGUGAAAGGGUGGCAAUUAAAAAUCUCAAGUUUUGUACUGAAUUGCAAGAAGAUGAAUUUGGGAAGGAGAUUAAGGCCAUCAACAGCGUGCGCCACAAAAAUCUUGUUAAGCUGGUUGGAUAUUGCAUUGAUGGAGACAAGAGGUUGCUUGUUUUUGAGUUUGUUCCGAACAACACCUUGAAAUUUCAUUUACAUGGAGAUGGUAGAUCACCUUUGAACUUGACAACCAGAAUGAAAAUUGCUAAAGGCUCUGCAAGAGGUUUGAAAUAUUUGCACGAAGACUGUAAUCCGAGGAUCAUACACCGACAUAUUGAUGCGAAUCACAUUCUUCUUGAUGAUAAAUGUGAACCAAAACUUGGAGAUUUUGCAAAUGCCAAGUUUUUCCCAGAUUCUGUUACACAUAUAUUCACCGACGUUAAGGGAACUUCUGGUUAUAUAGCUCCUGAAUAUGCCCAUACAAGAAUGCUGACUGAUAAGUCCGAUGUCUAUUCGUAUGGUGUAUUGCUUCUGGAGUUGAUUACUGGGAAACAACCUGAUUAUGGUUUAUGGUUUAGGGAUUAUGGUCAUACUGACAUAGUUGGCUGGGUGGUGCUUCAGCUGGACGAGGGGAACUAUAAUGCUCUAGUUGAUCCGAAUUUGCAGGGAUACGACUCCGAUCAAAUGAUGCGACUGAUUAUCUGUGCUGCAGCCUGCGUACGUGAGGAUCCAGAAAGUCGGCCAAAAAUGAGUCAGAUAGUUAGGGUUCUAGAAGGAACUACUCCUGUUGUGAAUGACCUCUGGGACUGGAAGUACUGCAGGGCCGAGGACACUGAAGAGCCUGAAAUAACUUCUGCAGGAAGCUCAGGCUCCAUGCCUUCUCUUGUUCCUGACGAGGAGAUUGAAGAACCUGACCUAACGUCUGCAGGAACCUCAGGCUCCUUACCUUCUCUUGUUUCGAUUUAAUCUUUAUCCAGGAAGAUUUAAUUUUUCAACGGAACCAAAAUUUGAAUUGACUUUCCAGGAAUUGCUUUUUUUUUUUGGGGGGGGGGAGAGGGGAUUCUGAGAGUGGCAAAUGUUUUAUUUAUAAUAAGAGUUUUUUUUUUUCAACCACCUACUUAUGCUAAGAGUUAAAUACACAAUUUAUUUGUCGUAUUUAGAUAAAAGUAAUUGAAUAGUGAUAAUUUAUUAAA